AUGUUGCACAUGAUCAACUUCGUUCUUGCCGCACUCCUCGUCGGCUACGGUGCUGCUGUUCCCGUGGACCCCUCUACCUCCGUAGCUCUGCCAUCCUCCGCCUCGGUGCCCGCCAUUCCGUCUAGCCUCCCGUCCGCUGCACCUUCUGGCUUCCCGUCCGGUUUCCCGUCCGCUGCGCCUUCUGGCUCUGCCUCCGGUACUCCCUCCGGCUUCCCUUCAGGUGCACCCUCCGGCUUCCCGUCCGGUGUCCCCAGCGGCCUGCCCUCUGGCGCACCAUCAGGCGUCCGUUCUGGUAGCCUGCCCUUCCCGUCCGGUCUCCCUUCGGGCGGUCUCCCUUUACCAUCGGGUCUUCCUUCAGGUGGCUUCCCCAUUCCCUCAGGUGCUCCCAGUGGCUUCUCCGUCCCCUCGGGUGCCCCCAGUAGCUUCCCUGGAAGCAGGCCCCACGGCCAUGGCCACCACCCCAACGGUACAUCGGUUCCCUCGGGCUUCCCUGCCGGUGCUCCCUCAUCGAUUCCCACUUUCAUUUCGGUUUCGAUCCCCACAAACCCGAGCACCUCGGUCGUCUCCGACACCUCCACGUCGGUCUUGACCUCGAGCGUGGUCUCCACCGUCCUGACCUCGAGCGCGGUUACAUCCUCCGCUGCCUCUUCCAGUGCGGACCUCUCCACCGUUGUGAGUUUCACUGUGGAACCCUCUACGGUGGUUAGCUCUACUGCAAUCUCGUUCACUGUCGCCAGUUCCUCCGUGGCCCCCUCGACCGUCGUAAGCUCCGCCGUGGGCUCUUCCACUGCAGUGAGCUCGACGGUCCUCUCGCCCUCGACCGCCUGA